ACUCAGCUGGCCCACUGGUCUCCUGCGGAGUCCUAGACCCUCAGAAGCUGAGAGCCAUGGUCCUGCCUUUGCUGCCGGGCUAUAGCUUCAACCGCAAUGUGGGAAAGGAGAAGUUUCAUAAAUCCCAACACUGGGGCUUUUGCAACAGUGUUAGGAUGCUGGUGAGUGAAGAGAAGCCUGGAAUAGGUGGAGAACCACUUAUUGGGCAAAAAGUGAAGACUAAAUAUAGCAUAUAUCCGAAAGGAGAAGGAACUGAUAGACCGUCUUGGUUAGCUUUUGAUAGACAGAUUCUAUGUUUUGAUGCCUAUUUGGAAGACAGAGUGUGUGAUAAAAGCCAAGAAAUAUGUAGAAUCAGAUUCUAUAAAAUCUACUUCUACCUUGAAGAUGAUACAAUCAAAGUACAUGAACCUCAAGUGAAAAACAGCGGACUGCCUAAAGGGACUUUUAUUCGGCGUCAUCGGAUUUCUCUCCCCCCUCCAAAUGAUGAUCAGUUUUAUACUGUGUAUGAUUUCAAUAUCAACAUUGACAUCAUCUUCCUUGGCUGGACAUUCAAGAUUUAUGAUUGUGAUAAAUUCACAAAAUUUUUUUUGAGAAAAAUAGGAGUAAAAUUAAAUCCCCCAGGACAGCGUCCACAAGAUCUGUAUUUGAAGAUGCGGAAAGAGACAUUGGAGCGUGCGGAGCCUCUUCGUCCCUAUGAAUCCACUGACACCCGGAGACAGUUUUUGGAGUACGAUAGGAAAGUUUUGCGUUUCUUCUGCCUGUGGGAUGACUCAGGCUCAUUGUUUGGGGAACGUAGAGAACUCGUCCUGCAUUACUUCUUGUCUGAUGAUACUGUUGAAAUCAAAGAAAUAUUGCCAGAGAACUCAGGCCGGGAUGCUAAGUUGCUCUUCCUCCGGAGGAGUAAACUACCCAAGUAUGGCCCACCUAGACUCCAUCAGCCAGGCCAGAUAACAGAUCGUUCAUUUCUCAAUUUUGAUGGCUUGUCCAGCAAGCAGAAGUACAGUUACAUGUUGGAUAAGUACAAGCUGGGAAAAAUAGACCAAGCAUUUUACAAGGAUAGUGACCUGUUUUUAGGAGCCACCAUCAAUGUGGGGGGAAGGAAAGUGAUCCUCUGUGACUGUGAUGAAUUUACAAAGUCUUAUUAUAAGACUAAAUAUGGAAUCGAGAACUUUACCCCCCUUUCAUACAAGCCUCGUCCUCCUCCAAAAAUAGAAAGGAAAUUUCCACCUUACACUGGCUUUGGGUCUGAGGAGGAUUCUCUCCGUUCCUGUCUGUCCCUCAAGCCUGUGCCUUACCAGAAGAAGUUCUCAAGAGAAGGCAGCUAUGGUAACAUAGGCAAUGUACUCCGUUUUUUUGCAAGACUAAUCACACCCCCAUGUGCUGAUGCAGACAGGAAGUUCAUUAUUUCAUACUUUCUCAAGGAUGGCACACUUUCGGUGUUUGAACUGAUAGAGAGGAAUUCAGGCUACACUGGUGGGCUGUUCCUGAAAAGAAGUCGUGUGAAGAAGUUUGGGCAAGAAGUCUUUAAAAGUGAGCUUCCAGAAUAUAUCAACGUCGAGGACCUGUAUGUUGGAGCCAAAGUGAAUGUGAACGGCAACCUGUUUGCGUUGCUCAGUGCUGAUGAGUACACCUUAAACUACAUGGAGAAGAACGUAGACAGGUUCCCAUUUAGUAAUAUUGAACUCACGCUACAAAAGCUGAAAGAAGAGGAAUCAAAAUCAAGAGAGAUCAAGCAGGUAUUUUCAGCUGCUGACUGUAACCACACGAAGAUGGUGGAUUUUAAUACAUUCAGAGACCUGUUGUUGGAUAUAACUGUCAAUAAGCUCACCGACCAGGAGAUUUUAACCAUUGCACGUCACUACCGUGUCCCUGAGGACAUGGGUUCAGAUAGGAAUCUCUUAAUUGCACAGGCCCAAGAAAAGCUCAAGAAAAAUAUGUUUGAGCAUUUUGACAGACUCAUUUCUAGCUGUGUGUAUGAAGAUCGGAAAAAAAAAAAUGUAUUGCCCAAUAGAGACAUCAAAAGGCUCUGCAAGUCCCACAGGUUUCCUUUGACUGAUGAUCUUCUGGAAAACUUACUGGCCAGGUUUGAGGACAGUGAAGGACAAAUAAAUUAUAAAUCAUUUUUCCUGGCCCUGAACUGGAGAAUGAAUCCAGUGUCGGAAUUGGAAGCCCCGCAUUAUGUUAAAGAGAGAGGUGAAGAUGUUUGUUUCGGGAUGCCGUCACCUAUUCCUGUGAAAUUCAUUCGUUACUUAGACCUUUUGAAGGAUGUAUAUGGCUUAGACCAGGAGGGACCAUGACAGUUUCGGUCAGCUUUCUUUAAUUCACUGCUUUAAUUUUGCCAAGUUUCUUUUAGUAGGUAUAAUUUAGUUAACAAAAAAGAAACAAGGAUUGAUAUUGAAUGGAAAUCCAUAAACCACAAUUAAUUUUCUUUUGUCAC